AUGGCAACUAGGACUAAUGAUUGCAAGGACGGUUUGGAUGACGGACCCGACCUUUUGGAAGGGGACCAGGAAAAUAAGCCAAGAUCUGAGACAGUAGAUUUGUCAACAGACACAUCCCUGCAAGUUGAUAUUUCGGAUGCUUUAAGUGAAAGAGACAAAGUCAAGUUUACUGUUCACACUAAGACUUCUUUACAGAAGUUCAAAGAAGGAGAGUUUUCUGUGGUUCGGCAGCACGAAGAGUUCAUUUGGUUACAUGAUCGCUAUGUGGAGAAUGAAGAAUAUGCAGGUGUCAUUAUACCCCCCGCACCGCCACGACCUGACUUUGAUGCAUCAAGGGAAAAGCUACAGCGACUGGGAGAAGGGGAGGGGACGAUGACCAAGGAAGAAUUCACCAAGAUGAAACAAGAAUUAGAGGCUGAAUAUCUUGCUACAUUCAAGAAAACCGUUGCCAUGCAUGAAGUGUUUCUCCAACGAAUUGCUGGUCAUCCCUUACUAAGGACUGAUGUCAACUUUGAAGUUUUUUUAGAAUAUGAUCAAGAUUUAAGUGUUAGAGGAAAGAAUAAAAAGGAGAGAAUCGGAGGUUUCUUUAAAGGUCUUACCAAAACAGCUGAUGAGGUGUUACUGUCAUCACAAAAGGAUGUUGAUGACUUUUUUGAAAAAGAAAAAGGCUUUUUGGUAGAAUACCAUGUUAAAAUAAAGGAUGCUACAAUGAAGUCGGAUAAGAUGACACGAGCACACAAAGCUGUAGCAGAUAAUUACAUUCAGGUUUCCUCAGGGUUUGUACAGAUGGCCACUAUAGAGAAUACUGAACUUGACAAAGUGUUUACAAAAGUAGCGGAGACGUUAGAAAAAGCUAGAAAAUUAGAGGGUCGUGUGUCAUCGGAUGAAGACUUGAAGUUAAGUGACACCCUGCGCUACUACAUGAGAGAUUCUGCUGCUGCCAAGGACCUCUUGUACAGACGCACGCGAUCACUAGCCGACUAUGAGUCUGCCAACAAAGCCUUAGAAAAAGCUAGAACUAAAAACAAGGAAGUGGCACAGGCUGAAAAACACCAAACACAAUGUUGUGAGAAAUUUGAAAAGAUAUCAGACGUUGCCAAAAAAGAAUUAACAGAAUUCAAGGGACGUAGGAUACAGUACUUCCGGAAGAACUUGGUAGACUUAGUAGAACUAGAACUAAAGCAUGCCAAGGCACAAGUACAACUUCUUAAGAACUGUAUAUCUGCUAUGAAAGAAGAAGCGUGAAGUGUCUACACAGUGUGAUGAUGUGUAUGUGAUAAGUGGGUAGUGUUGCCUAGCAAUUUGUCCCAAAUAAUGGCUGUUGGACAUCGCAGGAAUGUUUUCUAGUUUUGUCAUCAAAAACACAUUGCUAUGGUAAUAUAUGAUGAACAACAAGUUUGCAGGUGUCUUAAAAUUUCAUUUGUAAAAACCUCUGUGUUUUAGAAUGAACUUUUAGGUGAAUUACAAAUUUCUGUGUGUUUAUUUUGAGACACAGUUUGUAUAUGUGAUAUGUAUCUGUUGACAAACAAGAAUAUUAUACAAAGUAAAUUAUAGCUGCAAAAAUUAAUUUUUUGCCUCACUAUUCUUCUCUAAUGUUGAUGUCAUCUACAUAUUUGUGAAACAAUAUAAGUGUUCUUUUUUAACGUGCAAUGACUGGUUGGUUCCAUUAAAUGGAUGUCUCACCGAUAAGUAACUUAAAUUCAGUAAAACUAUAUUUUGUGGUAUUUUACGUUUAUGUAAUGGAUAUUUAGAUAACUACAGAUAGAAAAUUCAUUACAAGAUCACAUAAGUGGAUACUAAAAUCAAUUGUUGCAUGAAUGACUGGUUUUAACAAAGCAAACAUUGUAAAUCUAUACCAGCCUUAUACAACAAUCAGAGGAUGUGGUAUCUCAGGUCCAGUAUCACUAGCUACUUAGUGAAGUGAAAUGAUGUUAUAGUGCUAGUAUUUGUCAUUUUUAAAUAACUGGACUGUUUUUUCAUUGGUUAACAUUUUGUCUCAAACAGAAAGAUACUUUUCAAGUAUAGUACUGGUCAGCACAGAACAACCGGCAUUAGUGAUGUUGUUAGAGAGAUACACAAAUUCAUGUCUAUACAUAUCUAGUUUGUGUAUUUGAUUUAUAUUCUAAGCACUUGCUCCAAAACAUUUUCAUUACAGUCUUAACAUUAGUAAUUAACAUGAUUAUGAAAUAUUUUUUUAUUUCCUUUGUUUUUUCCAUGUUGAAAUUGUGGGUGCAUCUGAAUUGAGAGAUGAAGUCAAUCAUGCUGAAAAUACAGGGACCAGAAAAUAUGUUGACUUUAUCAUCCUCAACACUUAAAUAUCCAUCUUUAUUUUGCUGUCAUUACAAAUGUAUGUGUUUGCUGAAAAAAAGUGUGAGCUGCAGUUUAGAAACCAAAUCAUCAAAUCAGGCCAAUUUGGCCUGUGCUUUGUGCUCAUUAUCCUCCUGAAGAGGCCUUACAAGCUGUGACAUGAUCCACAGAUUUAGGUUUUAGAAAAAAAAAUUAUGUUUCUGUAUGGUUGUCAAAUACUCUUGUUUUAUUGAAUUGAAAGUCGACAACAAUGUGUAACAAUAUUUGUAUGAUUUCAGUGUCCAUUCCAUUUACAUUAGAUGUAUAUGUACUUGUAGCAUUGUUUUUUAUAUCAAUCAUGUAUGUCUGAUCAGCCUUCAGUUACAUAUAGAUAAAUAUUUUUUUUUGUACAAAGAUUGUCUUGAAUGUUUAUUUUCCCUCCAUAUUGACAGAACUAUAUGAUAAAGUAUACCGACACAUCAUUAUUAUAUACUCCUUCUCUCAUACUUAGAAGUGUAUUUUGCUUUUAUCUUUAUUAAAUAUUAUUCCACCCUUAGGAGGGUUAAAAUAUACCUGCAAUAUGUAUAUCAGUGCUAUGUUUAGUUUUGUGUUUAAUCAUACCUAGCGGGUAACGUUUAAUAGCUGAGUUUAAGUUUCUAAAUUUCACCAUAGUUUCCCUGAUUUCUUUUCUUUUUUAGAUUAAUGUUAAUUAUAUUUAAUCUUUUAUGGUUGUUAUGUAUUCAGUAUAUCCAAGUUUGUUACCAACUGACAGAUAGCAGUAAUGCAUUUACAGCCCACAAAAACAGGAUGUUGAAAGUGUCCAUCAUGGAUUCAUUUUAUUUUAAAAUGCAUUUUUAUUAUGCAUAAUGUGCAGGGCGAUUGUGUCGAGCAUUCUGGAUCCAAAAUUUAAUUUACAAUUAAUGUUGAUAAUAAUGUGGCACAUGGUUUUUUGUCUACAAUUCCCUAAGUUGAAACAUUAUACAUUUACUUUGUGAGAAUUGAAGGUAAUAUUUGAUAAGAUAUCUAAAGGCAUGUAACAGAUCAAAGACAAAAUUAUACACAAUUUGUACAUACCCCUUUGAUAUAAAGGGAAGGUAAAAUUAGCUUGUUUUACAGGUCAAGGUUCCUCAAUAUUUGUAAAGUUUAAACUUUAUGAAUAUCUAGUCUUUUCUGUGUAAUCUUUUGGUAAGAUGUAUUAUAUAUUAAUAUAUAUAAUAAACACACAAAGUGCACUGUAUAAUAAAGUAAUGUAUGAAUGAGAGAUUAAAUGAGAGGUCAUGAA